AUGACCGACUACCCGUCCACGCCCCCGCCCCCGUCGCCCUCGACGGCGACAGUCCCCCGCUCAGCCAGCCUGCCCCGCCUUGCCAGCUCCAAGCUCUUCUUGCCUCUGCAGAACGAGGCCUCUGCCAUUUCUACGCGUGGCCACCACCUGCCCUCGCUCCUGCACAGCACGCGCCGGCCCUCCACCAUCCGCAGCAACGAGCGACGCGGCAGCGACACCGACGACGAGGAUAUGGAGGCAUACCGACAUGGGCUCAUCAUGUCUGACUCGGACCGCAGGAGCAGCAUCGGCGCGCACAUCCUCAACACGCCGCAGAUGCGCAGCCAGCGCCUGAUUGGCAACUCCAACCCCCGCUACAAGUGGGAAAAGUACUACAAGAGCGACGAAGAACUCAAGGGCAUGAAGAAGCCGAUACGCGAUUACUACGAGCGCAACAACCAGCUCAUCCAGCACUACAUGUACAUUGACCGUCUUCUCGACUCGUCGCUCCCGCACAACCUCAUCCAGGAGUACACAAACCUCGAAUCCGGCGCUGUCAAGAUUCCUACCACCAUCGCUGAAGAAUCGUCUACCGGCACACCCAGCGCCAAUGGCGGCCAUUCUGGCGAAACCACGCCUGGGCUCUCGAGCAAUGGCCGAAGCGGAUCAUCCGGAAGCCUUAGCAACAGCAAUGGCGGGCUGAAGCCCAUGGUCAAGCGCACACCCAAGAACCUCUACAAAGUCCCCGAAAUCGACGAAAACACGCCGCUGCUUUCGCACGAGAAUGCCGUCGAGGACGAGGAGGAUCUCGAGGCGGCCAAGUCGAAGCUCAUGGACUGGGUGCCCGAAGAAGACGAAGACACCGAGAGCCCCAUUGUCAAACUGGCCCUCUACGUCAAUCUCUCGGCAAACACGUGUCUGCUCAUCAUGAAGAUUGUUGUCACCGUCCUCACAUCCUCGCUGUCCGUCGUCGCCAGUUUAGUCGACGCUGCGCUCGACUUUCUCUCUACCGCCAUUGUGUGGAUCACAUCUUGGAUGAUUGCGCGCCAAGAUCGCUAUGCAUACCCAGUUGGCCGCAGGCGCCUUGAGCCCAUUGGUGUCUUGAUCUUCUCCGUCAUCAUGAUGACUUCCUUCUUCCAGGUCGGCAUCGAGGGUAUUUCGCGACUUAGCGGACCCGACCGAACGGUUGUCGAGCUGGGAGGCCCUGCCAUAGCCAUCAUGGCAUCCACCGUUGUAAUCAAGGGAAUGUGCUGGCUCUGGUGUCGCCUGAUCCGCAACUCGAGCGUACAAGCCCUUGCCCAAGACGCCAUGACCGACGUGGUCUUCAACACCUUUUCCAUCUUCUUCCCCCUCGUUGGAUACUAUGCAAAGAUCUGGUGGCUCGAUUCUCUCGGCGGUAUCCUCCUUUCGGCCUACAUCAUCAUAGGCUGGGGUGCCACAUCCGCAGAGCACGUCCGCAACUUGACCGGCGCGAGCGCAACUGCUGACGAGAGAAACAUUCUACUCUACAUGACUAUGCGCUUUGCAAAGAGCAUCAAGCGCAUCCAAGGACUGCAAGCCUACCAUGCCGGAGACAAGCUCAACGUCGAGGUGGAUAUUGUCGUUGAUGAGAAUCUCAGCUUGAGGGAUAGUCACGACCUGGGUGAGAGCUUGCAGUAUGUGCUCGAAAGCGUCCCUUAUGUCGACCGUGCAUUCGUCCACAUCGAUUACACGGAUUACAACUUCCCAACGCACAUGUCGCAGCAGGAGUGAGCAUGAGACAGUGCUCGAUAUCCAUGGCGAUUGUCCCUCUUCGCCCGAUGACGCAGCCAGCAUUUCCGCCUCAACAUCCGAAAAGUGGCCGUACCAUGUCGUAUCUCCUGUUUCUCAACCUAAACCGAACCGAACUUGCUGCUGCUGCUCGUCGACACGACCACCUGUGUGAAUCCGAAAGACCUGGUUUUGGACAUGAGAUUUCCGUUUCGCCC